ACAGAGAAUAGAAAUUGUCAAAUUUCGUCAUAAAUGCUUAUAAUCUGGAAAAAUAUAUGAUUUAUAUGUAAUCGGACAACAUUUUGCGAUAGUUCAGUGUCUUGUAAGCACUCGUAACUGGUUUGGACAAGUACCACAUACAAGGCUGUACAUAUGACGUCACAGAAGAAUCGGCCAAGUCAUCAUAAUAUGCUGUACUAGGCAACACAUGCGUGAUGAUAGAACAUAAUUACUGACACUAGUUCUUCAAAUCUUCCAAAACAAGAAUGGAUGAACACACUAAAUUUGUCAAAGCUGAAGAUUGCAACUAUUAUGGAGGACGUCGAUAUCCCAAAUUAGUUACCGAGGCUGUAUUCGAUGCCAUGAAGACAUUUGAAGUAAGGGAUGAUGAUAUAUGGUUGCUGACCUACCCUAAGGCAGGUACAACAUGGAUGAUGGAAAUUAUCCACCACAUCCUCGAUCACGGUAUCGAAGGUUAUAAAAUAAGUACCACAGACCGUGCCUUGUAUCCAGAAUAUGUUAAGCCGAGAGGUCCAUCGAAUUACGAACUUCUGAAGGAAGCACCUUCUCCCAGAUUCAUAGCUAGUCAUUUACCAGGCCACUUAUUACCUCCGCAAAUACACGAACACAGAGCAAAGAUUAUCUACGUAGCCAGGAACGCUAAAGAUGUAGCUGUGUCUAUGUACUACCACCACAAAGUAGACCCUAUGAUACCCAAAUACCAAUCCUGGGAAGAGUUUUACGAUGCGUUCAUCAACAAUGAUGUUAUUUUUGGCAGUUGGGCAGAUCAUACUCUAUACUGGUGGAAUAGGCGCUUUGAAGACAAUGUCAUGUUCGUUACGUACAAGCAAAUGAAAAAGGAUCUCGCGGGAAUGGUGAGCCAGGUAGCGAGAUUCCUGGACAUAAGUCUAGAGAACCAAAUUAAAGGAAUUGCUGACAAGUGUACAUUUCAAAAUAUGAAAAAAAAUGCUCCAAGGCAACAUCCCAAUAUCCUGGGAGCAUUCAAAGUGGACCAAUCACAGUCGCCGUUUGUAAGAAAAGGUAAAGUCGGUUCAUGGAAGAGUCAGUUCACCGUAGCGCAGAAUGAUUUAUUUGAUGAAAGAUAUAAGGAAUGGAUUGGUGACAGCGGUUUGACGUUUACAGCUUAAUCUAAGUCUAUAUACAAG